UUCUGGAAAGAACGGCCUUCGAUUUAACUUUCCCCCACUAACUCUAUCUUUCUUCCUUGUUUUGCAGGACUGCAGAAUUCAUGCAAAGGGAGCUCUACCCAAGCCCUGUUCCCGAUGCCGGCAGAAGCUCCAAGAACGCCCACCCCAGCCUCUGCCAGCCCUUGUCCUAAGCACAGUUCAGUGUUGCAAGCAUGAACAACAGACAUGUGUGCAUGUCUAUGUGGCUCUGAACUCUACAGGUAUUGAAGGCCUAGAAUUGGAUUUUCUCGUUCCAAGCUCUGACCGCGAUGGCAAUCUUCAGGUCUUGAAAAAGCAGAAGCACCAGACCACUGCAGGGACUAUGUGGCAGAUGCAGUUUGACAGUUUCCAGGUGGCCGGUGGCCAGCAGGUGCAUGUCUCAGUGAAAACCAUUCCUCCUGGGAUGCUAAACCUCAGCCAAAACUAUAUAGUCACUAACAAUGAAUCAGGACCUGAGUUCCAGUACAAAUGGGUGCCAGCUGCCCAUGCUAUUGAGGUGUCUGCUUCCAAGGGCCCUCCCAUCACUGUGCGCCUCUGCCAUCAGCUGGCCCUGGAAUGCACAGAGCUGCACCAAUCUUUCCAUCAGGAGGUAUUGGUUUCCAUAAACAACCCUGCAGUGCUGCAGUAUGAGCUCCUACUUCCUUGUCUGUGCAUAGAGGCAUCAUAUAACCAUGAGGACAGCUUGCGCAAGAGGGUGUGUCCAUUCCGGGAUCAGCCGGAAGCCUAUGCUUCAGAUCUCUGGUCCUCAAUGCAGUUCUUCGACUACAGUUCCAGUGACAAGACGGAAAUGGCCAUGUGUCUGAGCAGCCGCUGCUUGUUUCAUCCCACUGCCUCACUUUGCUGGAAGGAAAGCUCUGCUCCAGAAGCAGCCUGUCAAGAUAUCCCUAAUUCCACAGCCACUGAAGUUGACCAGGGUUCUAUGCCACUCCAGUUUGAAGACUCUGAGAGACUUACAAUUCCUAUUGCAGCGUAUGUUAUUGAAGAGGUAGAUAUGAAUCCACAGCUCUGCUUCAAGUUUUCUUACAUGAACACAAGCCAUAUUGAGUGCCCACACCAGACAGAUACUACCUGGAAUGUAUCUCUAAAUGUGAAAUUUCUGCAACUUCAUUUAAACUUCCAUUCUCGCAUACCAGCGUCCUUUAGUUCAGUUGUAUGCCAGCAGGUAUCUUCAAGCCCGUGCAAACCUGAACCACCUGUCUAUACCGUCUCCCAUCCAGAGGGAUCUGCUGUGGGUGAACUGAACCUGAUUCUUCCUUGGAGAGCUUUGAGAAGCUGUGUGCUGGUCUGGCGUUCUGAUGUACAUUUUGCUGGCAAACGACUCCUGUGUCCAGAUGUUUCCCACAGGCGCUGGGGGUUGCUGGCCUUUGCUAUAGGUUUAGGCCUGGGAUUGCUGGCUUUAGUGAUCCUCCUGAUUCACUGGAAUAUCCACAGACUCCACAGAGAUGUCCCUCGCCAGCACCAUUCUCGUCCCAUUCUACUGAUCUAUUCUCCUGAUUCAGAGGAGCACAAGCAGUUGGUCUGCGCCUUUGCUGCAUUGCUGCGGUCGGCGUUGGGCUGCCCUGUGUUACUGGACCUCUGGGAGCUGGGCCACGUGGGACGACUCGGCAUCUUGCCCUGGGUGUACGCCCGACGGGAACAAGUGGGCCGGAAGCAGGGUCAGGUGCUACUGCUGUGGAGCGCGGGCAGUGCUCGGGCCUAUGGCCUCUGGCAAGGGGAGGCAAGCAGCAAGGGUAGGAAAGCCCCGGAGCCCUAUGACCUCUUUGGGGCAGCCAUGGCCUGUUUACAAGGUGAACUUCAGAGUGCGCCUGGAACUGUCCAGCGAUGUGACUGGGUAAUUGCCUACUUCAGUAAACUGUGUGACCGACGGGAUAUUCCAUGUGCUCUGCGCCUUCUUCCCCGUUACCGCCUGCCUCAGGAACUGCCAGACCUGGUUGGGGCCCUGCAGGGCUCUUCCAGUUCAGCACCCAGCUGGCUCCACACUAGUGCCAAAGCCCUUGUGUGCCACCUGCUCAAGGCCGAGAAGAAGAGGAGUCCACAGAAGCAUCGGAAUCAACUGUGGAAGAAGGGCACCAGGACGCUGGCAGGAUCCCUGGUCCCCCUCACUCACCCCAAGGUGCACAGGCCAAGCUGCACUUGAGGGCUGUGGAAUAAGGGUGCACUGCAAAAUGGGAUCGAUCCCAGUGGUAAUCUGUAGGCAGAAGCUGUUUGUCGGUCCUCAAAAGGAUUUGCUUCUUUAUGGUGCCUAAGAAAUGGCAUCUGUAACCAUGUGAAUCCAAUGCCAUGAAAGAAAGGAAGGGGUCCAACUCAGCCAAAGAUCCGAUGGUAAAGCAGAGAGAUUGCUCUGGUUGCCAGAGAGUCCCCCCUUGCCUGGUGGUCAUGGCAUCUGUCGCCAUAGAGAUGACAGUGCACUGCAAAGAAGAGGUCAUAGCCUUGCUGCUGAAAGAGGGAUGGUGCAAUAUGAGUGUCGUGGGCAGUCAUAUGUAAUUCAUGGUGCUGCUUCCUAGCAAAUUCCUCCUGGAGGAUAGCAGGCUUGUCAAAAGGCAGCCAGAUUAGGCCCAGGGAAGAUGAUCUUGCCAGCUAAAUGGACUAAACGGAGAGGCUGUAUUCUUACCUUGUUCACCAUCCAUCCCUUCAGGACUCUAACCCACAGAAGGUAUAGAAUAUCUCUGACACCUCUCAGAAUGUUCAGCUUUCCUUUUUUAAAACAUGGGUCCUAACAUGUCUACUUGUGGAGGUACAAGGACAAGGAUGAAGCCUGCAGAUAGUAUUCUCCCCAAUAGUACACUAAGGUCCUUUCCCCACUGUUGAGUAGAGGCUCUCUCCACCCACCCAUGAGCUGGCAGAAAGCUAUGCCAGCAUGGAAUGAGCUGUCCCCAUUACCAGUCCCUAUCCUGAUUCUGUCACCUGUGUUUCAAGUCAGUGCAGUCUCCUGACUUCCCUUCAAGGUAAUAGGUGACAAAGCCCAACAGAUAUUAUGCACCUUGGAGCUUCCUUGGAGAGUGUCAGAAUAAGUGGAAAAACACUAUUUGAACACCAGUACAGCUGAAGAGGAGGUUAAGCCUCCUUGAUCAUGAGCUGGGGACAAGAUGACAGUAACAUCAAGGAGAUAUCACAGAACAAAGGUGUUGUCAGAGUGUGUUUGUGCUGUGUGCAAGCGGGAAAAAGACUUACGAAGUAAUACAGUUAGAUGAAUGCAAAUGUAAUUGGCUAGCAGCUUGCCCUGCUUUGACCACUCUGUUUCCAAACAGCAAAACAAGUAUGUUGCUAAGAGAUGCAUUAAGAGAUCCUUAUUUUGUUUUGUAUGUAUAAUCUGUUGAGGUUACUCAGGUCCUCCAUCUGUUCUUGGUAUUGCUACCUUAGUGUUGCUACCUUGGAAUACAAUAAUAAAUAUGAUUUUUAAAGGAA